GUCAUUAUUGAAUGUGACCUUUUAAAAAUUUGUGAAAAUGAGAUUGUCAAUGACUUUAAGAAUAUUUUACCCUAAAAAGAAAAUAUUUCCAGGUUUAAAAUACGAAGGAAAGAAUCAGAAAAUAAAGCCAAUCAAAACUUCACACAAGAUAGCAGCUGUCAAUAAGAUGAUGAUGGAGGAGCAGAAUCUGAAAUACAUCAACAAUCCAUAUCUCUCAUCAAUAGAAGAAAAUAUUUAUGGAACACAUUUUCGAAGUAAGCAGCAGAGGACACAGGCCUUCUUUGAGAAAAUGAGAAAACCAUUUUUCCCAGACAAAACAAUAGAGGACCAUUAUAUAAACUCUGUAUAUAAACAAAGUAAAAAAUGGGAAUGAUUUGAUGCUGUAUUGACAUGUGAUAUGUGAUAGUGAUAUAUUUACAUUGUAUCAGAAAUGAAGGUCAUAUUUUACUACAAAGUUGUUAAAGCUUCACGCUUCCAGAUGAGCCAAAAUAUUUCAAGAAAAUCAAUAUUUAGAAAAAUGAACUAACAUUUUUAAGAAAGGUAAAAACAUUCAAGAUCCAAGUUAUAUUUACAUGUUAUGUGCUGUUAAAGACUGAUUUUGCGGUAUUUUAUCACCAUAUUUCUUCUGCGUUAAUAACGCAAUAUGGGCUGUUUUUGCAUAUGUUGACCAUCUUUAAGUAAUUUUCUUGGAUUGUAUGUGCCAAUUACAAUAUGUAAAUUACGUUAUUUGUUCACCUCACAAUAUUUUUCUUUUAAAUACAUUUCUAAAAUUUUCAUGAUAAUUGACUUGAAUCUAGAGACGUGCUACUUGAACAUGCACAAGGUCUCAUUAAGAAGGUGAGAAAAUAAAUGUUGAGAAAAUAAGACAAACUCAUUAUACUUGAAGUGAAUAUUGUCAGUGAAAGGUUAUUGCUAGAUGGAGUUUUAUUUCUUUGUUCAUUAAUUCUCAUCGCUAACUCUUGACUCAAUUUUUAUAGAGUUAAAGAAGAAAUUGAGCUAUGUCUUUUAUAAACCAGCAUCUUAGGGUUCUAUAUAUAUAUUAAGAACAGUUUAAAACUUUGUUUCAUAUCUUUCAUUUGAGCUGAAUUGAAGUAAUCAUGUACUGUUAAGCCCGUGCUUUUUCAACACAAUGUCAGUUAAUAUUCAUAAAACAGAAAAAUUUAACUUUUCAUUAUUAAUAUAAGGAAUUCAAUUAUAUAAAAAAGACAUGAAAAAUAUAGAUCAUUAACUUCCA